CCAGGGUGCGCGAUGGAAAGAUUAUCCUGGUGGCGUCAUUUGGCAGUUCUACCAGGCGAGCUUCCUGCAUCUGUCACAGUCACUCCAUCUGCACUAUGAUCCUCGCAGGGGGAAGCCGACGUAUCAUACCCUCUUAAAGGCAGGUCUUAAAGGAGCUUAUGGAGAUCGCGGCGCAGUUAGGUACAAAUACAUAUGCCCGCAGCGUCUCCAGCAGCGGCAGAGCCUGGAAACCACGUUUUUAACAGUAAUUUCGAGGGGAAAAAACUGAGUAAUUUAAGAUUUAUCAGUAGAUUUUGUCCGGAGUUGUCGACAAGCCAUAUUUGCACGACACUGCCAUGAAUUUUUCUUGAAGGAAGCCCAGAAGCCCAGAGACAAAGCUGUGUGACGAGUGGCCAACAGAAUUAGAAUUCAAACCCAGUUCUGGUUUGAGUUGCCCACUCAAAAUCCUACAAGCGAGUGAGGUCGAGAGCGGGUCUCGGGUAGUCUCAAGGCCAGUGCCCCGCCUGCUGCUGGGGACCGCAUACUGCGGGCACUGUGCCCCGCCCCCACACCGGACCUGUCUCUAGGACUGGACCCCGCCCUCCAGUUAUGUCGAUCACGCCUCCGGCCAUCAGGCUCCGCCCUCGACAUAAGGGUGACAACCACUUUGAGGACCAAAACCAUUUGGGAGCCAAACCAGAACCUGUGAUUUUUUAUCUCUACCCAACUGGGCCAAAGACCUCAGGGGCUGACAUCACAAAGAACACAGGAACCUGUUGUGCACAGGAGUCUUUUCCUAAGACAUGGGGCCUUGUGGCCGAGUGCUGUGGACCCUUCUAUCUGGCCCCAAGGGGAGGAGGGGAGACACCCAGGCCCGAGCCUUCAGCUUAUGGUCAACUCUGCACAGGCUGUUGAAUCCCACAGAGUUGGUCAGUCACUGGACAGGGGUCUUUGAGAAGAGAGGCAUCCCAGAGGCCCGAGAGUCCAGUGAAUACAUUGUGGCUCAUGUCCUUGGAGCCAAAACAUUUCAGAGCUUGCAGCCAGUACUUUGGACCCAACCCUUGACUCCUCAACAACUGCAGAGUGUCCAGGAAUUGUGUAGCUACCGAUUGCAGAGGAUGCCUGUGCAAUACAUCCUUGGGGAAUGGGACUUUCAGGGGCUCAGUCUGAAGAUGACACCCCCAGUAUUCAUUCCUCGACCAGAGACAGAGGAGCUGGUGGAAUGGGUACUAGAGGAGAAGGCCCAGGGGCUCCAUGCGAUGGGAGCCCAUGGUGGUCCCCGAAUUCUGGAGGUGGGCUGUGGGUCGGGAGCCAUCUCCCUUAGUCUGCUGACUCACCUCCCUGAGAGCCAAGUCAUUGCUGUGGAUAAAGAGGAAGCUGCCAUCAGUCUGACCUGUGAGAAUGCUCAGAGGCUUCAGCUGCAGGACAGGAUUUGGAUUGUCCACUUCGAUGUGACCUCAGAAAGGAGCUGGACACAUCUUCUGCCAGGGGGCCCUGUGGACCUGGUUGUCAGCAAUCCUCCGUACAUCUUCCAUCAGGACAUGGGGCAGCUGGCCCCAGAGAUCCGCAGCUAUGAAGAUCCAGUGGCCCUGGAUGGUGGGGAGGAAGGCAUGGACAUCAUUACCAAAAUCUUGACCCUGGCACCUCAGCUCCUGAAGAACUCUGGAAGCAUUUUCUUGGAAGUGGACCCAAGGCACCCAGAGCUUGUCAGCAGUUGGCUUCAAAGUCGGCCUGAUUUAUACCUCAGUCUUGUGGCCGUGCGCAAGGACUUCUGUGGGAAGCCCCGGUUCCUGCAUGUGCAAAAAUCUGGGCCAUAGUGUGACUGCCCUGCAGACAUUUGACCAGAACCCCAGUCUGCAUGAGUGCCUGGCUGACCCUUCUACUAGCGGUGGAUGGUGCUUUCUGGAAUCCCAGACGCUUACAGCACUACAGUGGUUCUGUGACUGUUUAUGGUACACACUUCUGAGAGUCUUGGCAGCAAGGAUGGAAGUGUCCUUCCUGGAGCAGCAAAAAUCAAGGCAUCCACAAUUUGGCUCACAAGCUGGGCAGACCCAGUUCCCAGUCCAGAUCCAUCACAUCACUGUGACUGAGGACAUGUCACUCCACUUGGUUGGAAUUGGCUUAUUGGUGGAAUUGCUAUGCAGAUCCUGGGAAACAUGGACAGUAAAGUAUCAAGAGAUGACAAGUGGCAAUGCAA